AUGCCCGGGAAGAUCCGUACCGCACAGUCGGUGUCGCUCGACACGCCUGCCUCGGAGCAGCCUCAUCUGCACAAUCGAUGGCACCCAGAGAUUCCCUCGAUCGCCUCUGUCAAAGCGGGUGAGUCGGUCAAGAUCGAAUGCCUCGAUUGGACCGGCGGUCAGAUCGGGAACAACGACAGCGCCCAGGACGUUCGCGACGUCGACCUGACCAAGGUUCACUACCUCACCGGCCCCUUUGACAUCGAGGGAAGCGAGCCUGGUGACCUCCUGGUCGUCCGCAUCACCGACAUCCAGCCGUUCGACCACUCCCCCUGGGGCUUCACCGGCAUCUUCGCCCGCGAGAACGGCGGCGGCUUCCUCGACCGGCAUUACCCCAAGGCCGCCAAGGCCAUAUGGGACUUUGACGGCAUCUACUGCAGCAGCCGGCACAUACCGGGCGUUCGCUUUGCCGGCCUCAUCCAUCCCGGCAUCCUCGGCUGCGCCCCCUCGGCCGAGCUCCUGGCCGAGUGGAACAGGCGCGAGUCGGAGCUCAUCUCGACCUGCGCGCGCACGCACCCGGAUCAAAUCGUCGCGCAGCCACCGCUGGAGACGAACGCGCACGCCGGAAAGGCGACGGGCGAGCUCGGGGCCAGGAUCGCGCGCGAAGGGGCGAGGACGAUCCCGGGCCGGCCGGAACACGGCGGCAACGUCGACAUCAACAACAUCUCGAGGGGCUCGACCACCUACCUUCCCGUCCACGUGCCGGGCGCCAAGUUUUCCGUCGGUGACCUGCACUUUAGCCAGGGCGAUGGCGAGAUUAGCUUCUGCGGAGCCAUCGAGAUGGCCGGCGUCAUCACCAUAAAGUUUGACCUGAUCAAGAACGGGAUGAGGGACCGUGCGAUCAAGAGCCCCGUCUUCAAACCGGGCGACGUCGCCCAACUGUUCGGUCCGUCCCGCUACCUCACUUUCGAAGGCUUCUCCGUCGACGAGACGGGCAAGCAGCACUUUCUGGAUGCAACGGUUGCCUACCGGCAGGCCUGUCUUCGUGCGAUCGAGUACUUGAAGCAAUUUGGUCCGCAGCCCCUGUCGUCCUGCUGCGCCGCUCGUUCUGUCGCUGACUCUUCACGUCCCGCUCCCUCCCUAGGCUACUCGGGAGAACAGGCCUACCUCCUGCUCUCUUGCGCGCCCAUCCGGGGAUCCAUCGCUGGUAUUGUCGACAUACCGAACGCCUGCACCACUCUCGGGCUGCCGAUGGAUAUUUUCGAGUUUGACAUCUCGGUCGAGGCUGCGCGGGUGACGAGGGCUUUGGGCGCUUGCCCGACUGCCAGCUAG